ACACACACACAAACACACAUCCCAGUCAGUGAGAUUUGUGCUGGUGGCAGAAGGUACUCUUCCAAAUCCACCCGGGCUGUUUACUGAUUAGAAGGAAUUAUGAGAGAGGUCAGAGCUGAGUCUGCGGUAGACACUAACACAUAUCAGUUUUCAUCAGCAAACAAUGCCUUCAGAUUGUUUCACAAAAAUGUAAGGCAUCUGAUGGAGACCAAGAGAAGAAUCACUUGGAACAGGGCGGGAUGCUAUUGAGUGAUGGAUCGGCAUGGAUGGGUAUACAUUUGCAAAACUGGAAAUAAUUUCAGUUUUACUGUGUUUGUAAAGGACCUCACAUGGCCUCACCAAACAGUUUGACGGAACCAGAAUGGUUUAGAUUUCCCCAAAAGCUCCUUUUUAUAAGUCAAUUAAAGUAAAUUUUCAUUGAUAUCCAGUUUUUCUCACAAUUGAAAUGAAUAAGCUCCAUGAAUACCUUUUGGAGAUUGUUUUCAAGGUCUUUCCAUUGAUUGACACUCACUAAGUUAGCUUAAGAAGCUAAUUGCUAAGAAGUCCAUUCAUGUUAUCUUCCAUAGUAACCUUGUACACCUCAUUGACUUACAUCUAAAACUAAUUUAGUUUAUCUUUUGUACUAGUAACUUUAGUAGACUUCCACAAGAUCAAUUAAAUCAAAGGUUCUCUGAAACAGUGGUAAGAUGGCUGUGCUGCCAAUAAAAUUUACCAAAACCAAGAGAGACAAACUGGCCCAGGUUUUGUGGGUACUAAACUGGAUAUCCGUUGCAACAGGCAUCAUUCUCUUUAGCUUGGGCAUCUUUCUAAAAGUUGAAAUUAACAAGCGGCAGGAUCUAAUGGCUGAGAGUCAGCUCCAAUCCGUGCCAAACAUGUUAAUUGCCGUGGGACUUAUAGCUUGCCUGAUUAACUUUUUGGGAGGAAAGAUCUGCUAUGACUGUGUGGACACCAACAAAUUCCUACGCUGGAAGUUGGUGAUGCUCCCGUACAUCAUUUGCACGUUUUUCUUCACUCUGAGCGUGCUCGUGGGUGCACUGAUGUGCUACAGCAUGCACGGACAGCUGGAGGAAGCGCUAACACUGGGGCUACGUGAUGCUAUGCGUCACUAUAAGGACACAGACACACCAGGCCGCUGCUUCUUGAAGCGCACAGUGGACCAGCUCCAGAUCCAGUUCCAAUGCUGUGGGAACGAGGGCUACAGAGAUUGGUUCCAGAUCCAGUGGGUCAGCAACCGAUAUUUGGAUAUGUCUCAACGGGAAGUGGUAGAUCGUCUGCGAAGCAACGUUGAGGGAAAGUACCUCAUGGACGGAGUUCCCUUCAGCUGCUGCAGUGUCAACUCUCCUCGGCCAUGCAUUCAGCACCAAAUCACCAAUAACUCCGCCCACUUUAAUUACGACUUCCAGACAGAGGAGCUGAACCUGUGGACGAGAGGAUGUCGUCAGGCUCUGCGAGACUAUUACACCAACAUCAUGCAUUCUGUCGGCCUCACGGUUCUGAUCAUCUGGCUCUUUGAGCUCUCUGUGUUAACGGGGGUCCGUUACCUCCAAACGUCUCUGGAGAACGUGCUGCGGCAGGGGGACCCUGAGUGUGAGUCAGACGGGUGGCUCCUGGAGAACAGCUUUGUGGAGACGGCUCGCUCUAACCUCAACAUCAUCAAACACCUGGGCAAGUUCAAUCAGAUCAACAUAUCAAGCAAUGGAGAUCCAAACCUUGACAAACCACCUACAGCACACUAUGGUCCAGACAAUGUGCCUCCAAAGCCUCUUCCAAUGCCCAGUUAGGUCUUCAGAAUGCUCCUUUUGGCCAGAAACAUUACAUUACAAGCCACAGAAGAUGACUAGAAAUGAUGAUUCAGUAAAAAUUGGCAUGGCAUUGUAAAGCAAGAACAGAGUGAUAUUACAACACACAACAUACUUGAGGUCUGUUGUAAAUUAACACUUAAGAACUAAACCAAGUAGCCUACUGUUUUAACACAAAAGGCAAAGCAUCAUGGGGCCUUUUUUUUAAUAUGUAUAACAUGCCUCUCAUUAAGAAUACAACCGUUCAAUUAUUUUGUGUUUUAGAUUCGCGUGUGAAUCAUGUGAUUACUGGAGAGUAGGCCUGCUAGCUAUCACUGGAAUUAUUUAGAGCUUCACUGUUUCAUUAGGAUGUUCAUUAGUCAUUUUAGUCUAUAUCUGUGAAAUCGAACUACAUAUGAUUGCUCUCUCUCUCUAUCAAUAUUUACAUGAAGUCAAACUGUCAGCUUACCCAUUACAAGCCAGCAAAAAUUCUUAUCUCAUGCCUUGGUCUCAUGCCUAAAGCCAGGUAUCGUAAUCACAGUUGAAAACAUGAUACCAACUGCCUCUAUAAACACAUUUUCCAAAAAAUGUUUUUAUUUUUUUUAUACAAACCAGACCCGUGUCUAAAAUAUAUCAUGAAUAUGUAAUGACAAUAAAAGCAACAUGUACAUUUAAUAAAUACAUUAAUAAAGGGCUUAAAGUGUG